GCGGGUAUACUGUAGUCGUCCUCAGUCGUCCAAAGUACUAUAACAGCGAAUUGAUACUGAAUCUUUAGACAGACAUGGUCUCAACUACACCCAACGGAUCAAUAACAACAAUUCAAGAAUACGUGGAAGAGAAGUGUGAUAUUUGUUGAUUAUUGGACAAAGAAAACACAGGUUUUAUCAAGUCUGUAUAAGCAAAUUUAAGGAAUAUAAGAAUUCAAAAACUAAAAAAUAAACCUGAUAAAUAAUAAAUAAUAAAUAAUGCACAAUCAAAUAUCAAUAAGAUAUAUUAAGAAUAAAGGUGUAAAUAUACAUAAUCCAAAAUGGUUUAAAUUUUUUCAAGAACAUAAUAAAUACUCAAACGAAAGUGAUAAUCAAAUAAAGCACUAUUUAAGAAAUUACAAAUUAUGCAUAAAGAAUGGGAAAAAUAUUAUAACUGAGGAGCUAAAAUUGAAAGAACUGUAUAAAAUAUUAAGCAAGAAAAUAAAACAGUCUAUAUAUAUUGAAAAAAGAUUAGAAAUUAUUUUCGAACUAACUAAUGAGGAAAAAAAUUAUUGGUUGACUGGUAUUCCAUUUAAAUUCCAUGAAGACAUAAUAGUAUUAUCCAAUAAAAAACAAUCCAUUAAUAAAUACAAACCAGUAUAUUAUGAAGAUAAUUUUAAAAAUAGAUAUACCCAAUUCAAAAUUAAAAACGAAUAUGGAGCUAAAGAUUUAUCAAGUUUUAUGGAUGAUGUAAAGAAACCUGUGCUAUCACUUAUUAAAAAAUGUUGACAAUACAUAAUGCCUUAAAAGUUAAUUUAUGUGUUAUUGGAAGCUAUGAAAAAGAUUGUACUAUGAAGAGUCCUGAAAUAGAAUCUAAAUACUUACAAACAACAAAUUAUGAAAUUUUUUUAGAAUCAAAUAUGGACGAAAUAUAUAUAAAUAUGAAUGAUAAAAUAUUAUAUGAACAUGAACGUGUAUCUGAUAACUUAGCAGGCUCUAAUUGGGUAUUACAAUCAAUUGACAUCCUUAAUAUUGCUAUUAAUAAAUAUGAUCCUAUUAGAGGUAGUACAUAUAUCAGAACCCCAGAUAAGAUAGCUAAUAAGAAAUCAACUGUAAAUGUAAAAAAUGAAGACAAUAAAUGUUUUUUAUGGUCAAUUUUAGCUCAUUUAUACCCACCUGGAAAUAAUCCACAAAGAGUAUACCAAUAUGAAAAAUAUAAAAAUAUAUUUAAUGAAGUUAAAAUCGAAUAUCCGAUGGCAGUUUAUAAAAUACCUGGAUUUGUAGACAAUGUAAAUAAAAAAAACUUAAUUGAAGGAGGUCUAUCUAUUAAUGUAUAUCAUCAUGAUGAAUUUUACAAAAUCAAUCCAUUAACUGUAACCAAAAAUGAAAAAAGAGUGCAUAUUGACUUAUUACUAUUAAAGAAUGAAGAUAACACACAUUAUAUUUUAAUCAAGAAAUUAUGGAGUUUAAUUAGAAAUCAAAUUACAAAAGAUCAUAAAAAAAGAUAUCUCUGUAGAAUGUGCUUAAAUAGCUUUCAAACUGAAUUAAAACUAUCAAAUCAUAAGAAUUAUUGUCAAUCAAAUAAAGUAGCAAGAAUUACUUUACCAUAUAAAAAUAAAAUUAUUAAAUUUAAAAAUUAUAACCAUAAAAUGAAAGUACCUUUUGUAAUUUAUGCAGAUUUUGAAAGCAUUAUAGCACAGAUAAACUAUAAAAAAGAAAAAUAUAGUACUAUUAAAAUUCAGAAACAUAUUGCAAUAAGUUUUGUUUACUUUAUUGUAUACGUCAAUAGUGAUAAUGAUUGGAAACAAUGCUCUUUAGAAUACUUUGGAGAAGAUUCUCCGGAAAUAAUAUAUAAAUAUUUAAAACAAGAUGCUAUACUUGCAUCUAAAAAAUAUUUGAAUAAAAUUAAGAAAAUUAAAGAACUGAAUGAAAUACAAAAAAAAGAAUAUGAUAAUGCAACAAUAUGCCAUAUUUGUGAAGAAAAAUUAUAUACUGAAGAUAAGGUUCGAGAUCAUGAUCAUUUAACGGGGUUAUAUAGAGGAGCUGCUCAUAAUAGGUGUAAUCUAAAUUAUAAAGUCCCAAAAUUUAUUCCUGUAUUCUUUCAUAAUUUUUCAGGAUAUGAUUCUCAUUUAUUAGUCAGAGAAUUAGGUAAUGAUACAGAUAAUAUAGACCUUUUACCAAAUAAUGAAGACAAUUAUAUUUCAUUUUCCAAAAAAAUACAGUAUUCUACAAAGAAUAUUGAACUUAGAUUUUUAGAUUCUUACAAAUUUUUAUCUAACUCACUUUCAGAAUUAGCCAAAAGUAUGAAAUUAUAUAAUUUUAAAAUUUUAAAGAAAUGGUUUCAGAAAGAAAUACCUGGUAAUUUAACUGAAUUACAAAAGGUAUAUUUAUUUAGAUUAUUAACUAAAAAAUUAGCUUUUCCAUAUGAUUAUAUGAAUUCUGUAGAUAAAUAUAAAGAAACAAAAUUACCUCCAAAAGAAUCUUUUUAUAACUUACUGAAUAAUAAACAUAUUAGUGAUGAUGAAUAUCAUUAUGCUACGGAAAUUUGGAAAUAUUUCAAUAUAAAAAAUUUAAAAGAAUUUAAUAUGUUAUAUAAUAUAAUAGAUGUAAUUUUACUAGCUGAUAUAAUGGAGUAUUUCAGAGAAAAAUCAUUAAAAACAUAUGGACUAGAUCCUGCUUGGUAUUAUACUACUCCAGGAUUUGCCUGGGAUUGUAUGCUUAAGACAACAGGACAAAAAAUCGAAUUGUUAACUGAUAUAGAUAUGUUAUUAAUGUUCGAAAGAGCCAAAAGGGGGUUUAUCUCAAUGUUCAAACAGAUAUAGUAAAGCAAAUAAUAAAUAUAUGGGAAAAAAAUUUAAUGAAAAUAAAGAAUCAACAUAUAUACAAUAUCUAGAUGCUAACAAUUUAUAUGGGGAUGCAAUGUCAAAACAUUUACCAUAUGGUGGGUUUAAGUGGGUAAAACCAAUAUAUUUUAACGCAAACAUUAUUUUAAAAAUGAAAGAUAAUCAGAAAAAAGGAUAUUUAUUUGAGG